AUGUCGACACUGACCAGCGCCGAUAUGGGCGAACUCAAGCGCCCGUCCACGCGCGUCCACGCGCCUCCUGGUGGCGGAUCCACUUGGAGCUUCGGUGGGCAAUCGCCAUCGACAGCAUCGACCGACCACCGACGCGUGAAUCCGUCUCAGAUGCAACAAGCGCAGCCAGAUGUACGGAUGAAGUCUCCGCGUGCAGCUCCUGCUGCCACUAUGGAGACAGCUCCGACCCCUGGUGACGCUCCAGAAGCAGGCCUCCGUGUAGCUCUGGUAAAGACGAGCAGUGACACGGAGCUCGUCGACCGCGUGGUGCAGAACUGCUUUGAGAAGCUCGAGGGUCACUCUGUGAGCUCUGAGACGUUCACAGUGGCGUCUCUAGAGCAACUGCCGUAUGCAGCCAACAAAUUGACCGAGUUCGGAGGCUUUGAUGCCGUCAUUUGCUUUGGGUUUCUGAACACGCAGGACGUGCAGUUUCCAGCUGUAAGUACGGCAUUGACGCAGAGCUUGGUGGACAUUAGUGUCAAGAACGCGCGUCCUGUUGUACGUGCAGUGUUUGUCGGUGAGCCUCGCGUGGCAUCCGUCAAGAUAAAGGGAGGAUGGGGUGCUGAGUUUGCCGACGCUGUGGUGUCGCUAGCAGAGCUCGUCGAGCUCCAAGUAAGUGGAAAAGAGCUACCGAGACCGCCUACCUAA